GUUUUGUUAUUUUUUAGAGUAUUGUAUUAACCGCCCAGCAUAGAUUUUUUAUGAAAUUUAAAAAAGAAAUUAAAAAACUUUUGCAUUUGUUGGUGACCGUUUACACAUGUUUUAAAAAUGUCCGAAAGACAGUCUGUGGAAGCAUUGGUGAAUAAUGAAAAUGAAGACCCAGAGGAUAUCGAUUUUUCCGACGACGAAGGCACAGUUGUAGAUGGCAUAAGAAUACCCCCUGCGACAAAGCCAACGUGUUCGUUUGAUCCCACUGGCCCUCGAUUAAUCAUAACCAAAAUAUCAAACAGUUUCUUCAAAAGCUAUGCCGAUGAAGAAACGUUAGGCCCAUUUCAUAAGUGCUUCAAUGCAAUUGUGGGUCCAAAUGGUAGUGGAAAAAGUAACGUCAUAGAUUCCAUGUUAUUUGUUUUUGGAUAUCGAGCUACAAAAAUAAGAUCAAAGAAAGUGUCAGUGCUGUUACAUAAUUCUGAAAACUAUAGAAAUGUCCAGUCUUGUACAGUAGCAGUUUAUUUCGCCUUAAUAAUUGACAAGGCUGGCGAUGAGUAUGAUGUAGUUCCUGGUAGUGAGUUUGUAAUAUCUCGAACAGCAAAUAAAGACAACUCCUCUUAUUAUCAAUUAAAUGGAAGAAGAGUUCAAUUUAAAGAAAUCGGUGUACUUUUGAAGAAACACGGGAUAGAUUUGGAUCAUAACAGGUUCUUAAUCCUUCAGGGAGAGGUAGAACAGAUUGCAAUGAUGAAAUGCAAAUCAGAAAAUGAGAAUGAAACGGGUAUGCUUGAAUAUUUAGAAGAUAUUAUUGGAACAUCACGUUAUAAGAAACCCUUGUUUCAACUACUGGAGAGGGUGGAAGUUUUAUCUCAACAAAGAACUGAGAAGCUGAACAGACUGAGUUUAAUGGAAACGGAGUUAAAGGAACUUAAAGGUCCCAUGGAAGAAGCUGUGUUUUUUUUGAAAACGGAGAAUACUGUCGUUUCCAGCAAGAAUUUUCUGUAUCAGAAAAAUAUACAUGAUUUGCAACAGAAAUUGACAAAAGCUGAAGAAAAUCGAAAUGAAGUAGCAGAAGUCCAAAGGGGAUUUAUUGAAAAUUUAACCAAACUGCGGGAAGAGAAAACUGAGAAAGACAAGAUUCUUAAACAGCACACCGAGCGUUACAACAAUUUGCAAAAGAAGAAAGACAGUAUAAGCGAAGCAUUUAACAGAGCGAAUAAUAAAGACAUCCAGUUACAAGAAAGUAUGUCUCAAAUGAACAAAACACGUAAACAGACGAAGGAAAUGGUUAUCGAGGAGAAAAAAAAAUUGGAGAAAUUGCAGAGAGUUCCCGAGGAAAGCAAACAGGGCAUCGAAGAAUGCGAAGCGAAGGAAGCUGAACUGUUGGAAAAGAAGGAGAAGCUUGAAGCGGAGAAAACAAAGCUUUUGAAAAACCUUCGAACUGAGACGAAAGGAUUACAGGAAAAGAAAGAGGAGAUGCUAACCGAUCUCAUCGUACUAAAAACAUCCGUAAAUGAAACCGAAUCGGAGUUCGUACUAGCCGAAUCGAGGUUGAAAAUCUACGUAAGUAACGAAGAGGACGAGAAAAAGAAGUUUGAAAAUUUAAAAAACCUUUACGAGAACGCCCAGUCCACGAUUGAAGAAAGGACGCAACAAACUGCACUAUUAAAGAAAAAGAUACCAGCCACGGAGAAAUCGCUGAGGGAGGCAACUGAGGAGCUGAAUACGGUAACACGCAGGGAGGACCAGAUCAUAAAUGAUGUCAGGAAGAAAAAGACGUAUCUGGAAGAACGUCGGAGUUCAAUGCAGGAGUCUAGAUCCAAGGGAAGAGUCUUGGAUUCUCUUGUACAGCAAAAACGCGAAGGGAAUUGUCCUGGUCUAUACGGACGUUUGGGUGAUUUAGGUGCGAUUGAUCAAAAAUACGACGUUGCCAUCUCCACGGCAUGUGGUCCUUUAGACAACAUUGUCGUCGAUUCGGUAAACACUGCGCAGUGGUGUAUCGAGUUCUUAAAGAAACAUAAUAUCGGAAGAGCUACGUUCAUCGCGUUGGAUAAACAGGAGCAUCUCAGGAAUUUAGCAAAUUCCAAAAUAAGAACGCCAGAAAAUGUACAUCGCCUGUACGACUUGAUUCAAAUACAAGACGAGGAUGUCCGUACGGCCUUCUAUUAUGCCUUACGCGACACUCUGGUGGCCAAUGACCUGGAGCAGGCUUCUAGGAUCGCUUACGGCGCCCAACGGUUCAGGGUAGUCACUCUCAAAGGAGAUCUGAUAGAAACUACAGGUACCAUGAGCGGAGGCGGUAGGACUGUAUCGAAGGGCAGAAUGGGACAGUCGGUGAGAGUGUCGAACGUCGAUCCUCGGGAGUUGGAAAACUUGGAAGAGACCAUCCGAGAGAUGGAACAAGAAGUACGCGAUUUAAGACAGAGACAGGCCGCAGUAGAAGGACAAAUUAAUACUUUGCAGCCCGAGUUGCGGCAAAUGAAAUUUGAUUAUGAGAAAUUUACCAUGGAGUUGAAGGUCCUGCGACAACAACAGCCUGAGCUCUCCAAGCAAGUAAAACAGCAAAAAGCGAAAAGCGAAGCCACACGAGCGGAUCCGGUCCAGGUGAAAAAAUUAACGGCCGUAGUCGACGAGAAGAGAGCGGCGUACGAGAAAGCAUCGGAAACCGCAGGGGCACUCCAGGCGGAGGUGGAUAAGAUCACGGAUGAAAUCAAAGAGAAGACCACGGGAAAGAUGAGGGCGGUGGACAAAAAUCUCAAUGAAGUCAACAAGACCAUAGACAAGUGCAAGACGGAGAUCGUAAGGUUAAGAGUGGCCGUGUCGACAGCAAAAAGGAAUACAAAAAAAUCAACUGAAAAAAUCGCCAUGAUGGAGCAGGACGUCGCAGAUAUGGAAAAUAAACUGCGUCGGAUGGUAGAGGAAAGGUCGGAGAUCGAAAAAGACGCUGCGAAACUGUUGACUUGCGUCGAAGAGAUCACUGAGAAAAUUGCCGAAGCGGAACGAGGUUAUACAGAUAUCAAGAAGGAAGUGGCGGAAUUAAGGGAACAAGAGAAUAAAUUAAAGUUGGACAAGGUAGAUAUCGACGAAAAGGUUAAAACUUAUCGACAUAAAGUAAAGGAAUUGAAAGAUGCCAUACAUCAGCUGGAAGUGAAGUUAUCGCACUUGAAACUACAAGACAUUCCAAACGAGACUGUGGAUGAACUUCAGAAAUUCACGCCGGAGGAGUUGGAGAGCACGAACAAAGAAUCCGUUGAAAAAAAAUUACAAAAGGCCCAACGCCACCUAAAGGCCGCCAAACCCAACCUCGGCAUUAUUCAGGAAUAUCGAACAAAACAAGACACGUACACGGAACGAUCCAAGGAGUUGGAGGAGAUCACGAAUAAGAGAACGGAAAUGAGGAAGUGGUACGACGACCUGAGAACGCAACGUAAAGAAGAAUUCCUGAGGGGUUACAACAUCAUCAGAUUGAAACUGAAGGAAGUGUACCAGAUGAUAACUUUGGGGGGCGAUGCCGACUUCGAAUUGGUCGACUCCUACGAUCCGUUCGCUGAGGGGGUUCAGUUGAACGUGAGGCCACCCAAGAAGUCCUGGAAGAAGAUUUCCAAUCUGUCCGGAGGCGAGAAAACUCUGUCUUCGUUGGCUUUAGUGUUCGCCCUUCAUUAUUACAAGCCCUCCCCUUUGUACGUCAUGGACGAAAUCGAUGCCGCUUUGGAUUUUAAGAACGUGUCCAUCAUCGGACAUUACAUUAAGGAACGCACUAAGAACGCCCAGUUUGUCAUCAUCUCUCUAAGAUCGAACAUGGUCGAAUUCAGCGACAACUUGGUAGGCAUCUACAAAACCGACAAUACCACGAAAACUAUUACGAUCAACCCCAAGGUCUAUGACAAACCAUCUCCCUCAACAAAUAAUAAUGUCGUCAAUGCGGAUAACAUCGAAACCGGAAAGAGAAACGAUGAUAAUGCCGACGUUAAUGAGAACGUUAACAAGGAAACAGGGAGAGAAAUUAAUGGAAUAAAUAAUGCCGUCAACGCAGAUAACAUUGAAACCGAAAAGAGAAACGAUGUUAAUGAGAACGUUAACAAGGAAACAGAGAAAGAAAUUAAUGAAAUAAAUAAUGCCGAUAAUAUUGAAUCGUCCAAGUCCACGACAUCUCCAGAAGUGGAUGAUAUACCUGAGAGUUCUUGCAAUUUAACAGGGAAUUCAAACAAUGUUAACGACUGUGAAGACAUAGAAAUGUGUUCUGAAGACAGUGAGGACCAAAGUGAUACAGAAAUACAGCCGUCUUAUACACCAGAGGGAAUGGAGGUAGACUCGUAGUUUUCGCCGAGAUUUUUUCUGUAGAAUUUUAAUUCAUUAUUCACGUAUACAUCGUUUUAUUGAGUUUAUUAGACUUUUAUUGCUCCCCAUUUAUACACUUCAUUAAGCAUUAGUAUUAAAUUUUGGAAAAUUCAUUUAA